AUGCAAGGUGCAAUCUACAAGGCUCUAUUUGAUGUAAAAGCCCAGCCCGUGUUCAAUUGCACAUCUAGAUGUCUCUGGAAGGAGAGUUAUAUUUCCUUAGGGUUCAAAACAACUUGCACCGAUGUCACGGUCGAGACACAUGCAACCAUUCGUCAGGAUAAUUACACUGGGAUGGGUCAUUGGUUCAAUAUGACAACGCCAGGGGAUAUUCCCCUUAGGGCAGGAUACUCGGCAUCAAGUUGGCUCACACUAGCCCACGUAGCUGCCGAUGACCUUUUGGCGAAGUAUGCUGGGGGAACACCAAUAGAUGGAAUCCCCAUCUCGCCCGAGUUUGCACGUAUCGCUGUUCUCACGGGGGCUGUUGACCAAGACGGCAAUUCUGGGUUUGUUCAAGACAUCUACCCUGCCGGCUGGACAAUAUUCGAGUGCACCAUCGGUCUCGCGGCGUACGAGUACUCCAACAUCUCAGCAUCCGGCAACCAAUUUAUCAUUGGGAAAACUACUACCAUCCCGCUAACGGAGGGACAGCUGAAAGCAACAAUGUUGACAUUUUCUCAGGCAAAUAUACCCAAUAUGACGGUGCAAGGGAUCGACCUCGCGGGUCUGAACGCAUUCUUCACCUCGAGCCGUUUCAGCGGAUCCACCUACUCGGGAGAGUCUCGGCCCAGCGAGUCAACCGGCAUGGGCGACGUCAUGCGCAAGUCCGAUGUGCCGACGCUAUUUGAGAAAAUGGCAGACAGCAUGACGGAACAGCUGCGCUCGAGCUACAACCUCACGGCCGAGGGCUUCGCGGUUGAGUCUGUUGUUUUUGUUCAAGUGCGCUGGCAGUGGCUGUCCCUACCCAUUUUUGUCCUCGUGGCAGCGGCAUGUCACCUGGGCCACACAAUGGCGAGGUGCCAAAGUGACCAACUUCCUCUGUGGAAGUCAUCCGUUGUGGCCAUACUAUUUCAUGACCUGAUCAGAGGCAGACAAUCGAAAGAUGCGAUGCGUACCAACCUGCAAAGCAAAAGCCAAUUGGAAGCGCUGGCAAAGGGGACUUGGGUUACAGUAGAGGCAUAG